AUGGCUGCGAGACAGGAUUCUGCCGAGAAGGACUGUGUGUACGAGGACCAUGUGGUGACCACUGAUCAGACAAUCGAUAAUUCUAUCGGUGUUGAGACAAUCUACCAUAUUCGUCAGCGAAACAUCAAAUUUGUGGGAGAUGCGAUAGAACAAAUUGGUAUGGGCCCAUAUCAGUGGCGCAUGUUCUUGGCCUGCGGGUUCGGUUUCGUUGUUGAUCAGGUACGGCAAAAAUUACCCCAGGUUUCACCGAUAUGCGACUUAUGA